GGCAGCAGAAGAUGUUCAACCUGUUUAAUCGAACUGCGCUCGUGACGACAUUUUAACGCUGCUGCUCGGUAACAGGCUAAAGCCAAGUAUAGGAUCAUAGCGACAGCUCCAUAAGCCACCGACCUAAAAGAAUAAUUCCGGCCAUACCGCCGCCCGCAAUCCAACCUGCCAUGUCUCGAGCCUCAAAGCUGACGUUGGCCGGCACCUCACUGUUCGCAGCCGGCACCGUCGUCUUUGUGCAUUUCCAGCAGCAAUGGGAGAAGAGUGCAAUGCAUGAAGGCGUAAUCCGAGACAUGGAACAACAACGCGUCAAGAAGGAACGUCAGCUCGACUUUGACAUGCAGCGUGCCCUCGAAGAGGAGUACAAGAAGGAACAGGCUGUGCGCGACACCAAUAUCCCGGUCGAGUUUCUUAAGCUUCGAUCCAUGAAUCUCAGGUACUAUACACCCUCCGACACUUCAACUAUGGCUUGGUAUUCCGAUGCCCCCACAUCCACCAACGUUGCAUACACAACCGCACAACCACCAAGUACCUACUAG